AUGGCGUGGUUGCGGCGGUACUCCCCGAUGCCAGAUCUUCGAUCCCAUGGUCACAUAGCCAUGUAUUGUUACAAGCAGUACAGUGACCAUCCUCUGGCUCAAGCCAAUUUGGCAGUCUCCGGCGGUAGUCCUACAACGACGACAGUGUUUGCUUGGUAUCCAGAUACUGGUUCAACCACAACGAGUCGCCUCUACUCCGCCCUGGAGAUCCGAGCCCAUGGUAGUUCCCACUCAACCCACACCACUGGGAACUCGCGGGUGUUCUUGCUAGUAUAUGUCGAUGACAUCAUUAUGAUGGGCAAUGAUCCUGCGUUGAUUGAUACGUUGCUUCACCGCCUGUCCACCACCUUCAAGAUUAGGGAUCUCGGCACACCGGGCUUCUUUCUCGGCAUUGAAACUCUGAAGGUAGAUGGGGGUCUUUUCCUUUCUCAGCGUCGCUAUAUGGGCGAUAUUUUGACCCGAGCAGGAAUGUCUGAUUGCAAGUCCCUAGCAACUCUAGUUGCCGUAACACAGGCGGCCACACCGUCAACUCAUUCAUUUGACAAUCCAACACAGUAUUGUAGUAUUAUAGGGGCCCUGCAGUACCUAACUAUCAUUCGGCCGGAUCAUUCCUAUGCGGUAAAUCGGCUAUGUCAGUUUAUGCAUUCUCCCACCGAUGAUCACUGGGGAUUUCUAAAGCGUGUCCUACGGUAUGUCAAAGGCACACAAGACUAUGGUUUACGCUUGUCAGCUUCGUCCUCUUCCGAUAUUCAUAUUUUUUCAGACUCAGACUGGGCCGGGUGUCCGACUGACAGGAAAUCUACCAGUGGUUACGCAGUAUUUCUCGGGUCUAAUCUCAUUUCCUGGCUUUCCCGUAAGUAA